CGAACUUCUUCGCGCGAAGUUGACAAGAAAGAAAAACAAGAAAUAUAUGUGCUCGCACAAUGGACAAUGUACAGGACAAAACCGUGCUGAUCACCGGUGGAGCCGGCGGUCUGGGCAGCGAAUUCGUCAAGAUAGUGCUGGAGAACGGCGCGAAAAAGGUCGCCAUCGUGGACUUGCCAACAUCGCAGAAUCGGGCGAAGGUAGCUGAGUUCGAAAGGAAAUACGGUAAAAGUCGCGUCGCCUUUUUCCCCUGCGACAUAACGAAGGUCAAGAAGUACGAGGAGACGUUCAAGAAGAUCGUAGACGCGUUCGGCUACCUCGACAUCCUCGUGAACAACGCCGGGAUGCUGAACGACAAUAAGCUGGAGCAGACGAUCGAGCUGAAUACCACAUCGCUGAUACGCAGCUCACUGUUGGCUAUGGAUUACAUGGGGAAGCAUAUGGGCGGUAAAGGUGGUUUGAUCAUCAACAUCUCGUCCAUAGUCGGCUUGAGCGCGCAGAACUGCAUGGUACCGAUCUACUGUGCCACGAAGCACGCAGUUGUCGGCUUCAGCCAGUCCCUGGCGAACUUCUAUCACAAGACCGGAAUGCGCAUCGUCACGUUAUGUCCGGGAGUCACGGCUACGUCAUUGGUCAGCGGUUCGCUCGAGAAUGCUGUCUUGGACUGCGCUAAAUCUGAAAUCUUCGAAAAGGCCGCGCUACUCAGGUCGCAACAGGCGCCCGACAAUGUGUCGCGCGCGAUGCUGCAUCUUAUACAGAACGCUGAAAACGGUACAGUCUGGGUAUGUGAAAACGACCAACCACCGUACUUAGUGGACAUGUGUCAUUCCAAGCAAGCCGCGUGAAAUACUCAGGGAAUAAUACUUUAUUCGGUGUUGGGCAUUGAGCGAUUUAAAGUCUUUAUUGUCGGUAAUCGGCAAAUCGUUCGUUAAAAUUGAUCAGUCGUCAUACAUGUAAUUGUAUAAUCCAUGAAAUCGAAAGAUCUGUGGGAAUAUUAUGUAUUAUAAUUUGCUCGACGUUAGUUUUAGUUAUUUGAGUCAAACAACACUGCGGUCGGUCAAAGUUCGGCAUCGUUGUUGUUAACAACAUUCGCCGACAACGUCACACAUGUGUGGUACAGUGAUCGGACGGUGUUUUGUCAUUGCAUUCUGUAGUUCAGUAUUAUAUAAAAUGAUAUAAAAUGCUUUAUUACGGGCAGAUAUAACGCAUAAAUGAAAUCGCCCUCGGGCGAUUCUCUGAAGGUGCCGUAUUAGAAGAAUUUUGGAUUCUCGAGAAUUCUGUGACUGUGAUUGACCGAUUCGUUUUUUGAUCUUUCUUUUCUUAUAUCUACAAAUCUUGUUGUCAUAUUGUUCUAUAUUGGACGGCAUGUUCGGCUAUGUGUUGGAUAGACAGGGAAAAGACGGAUAGAUAGGAAUAGGAUGUUUUUCUUAACUUGGGACUAAUUGACUGUCGAGAACUAAACAUGAAGAAUAUUAUCUGCAGCAAAGUUUUAUGUAAUCGGUGUAACAUUGUCAUAGCUGGAUGAAUACGCAAUAGGUUGUUGAAAAUAAAAUGAUAAAACACAGAAGUUCUCUU